UUUAUGUAUUUGGCAUCCGUUUCUACUACUAAUGGUACAACUGUUGCCAAUACAGAAAAGACCAGAAAUGCCUCUUUAUUUGAUAUUUCUACUUAUUCAAUGAUUGAGUUAAACCCCUCAAACGAUCCUUCUAUCACACUAGAAAACAAUUUGUUUUUGCUUCCGACUGCAAAAGAAAUACAACAUGGACCCGAAAUCUUUCUUUAUGGCUUCAUUCUUAUACUUAUUCCCACAGCAACAAUUCUUGGCAAUUUUCUUGUAAUUAUUUCUGUUCUACGCUUUAAGUCUCUACAUUCAGCUAUCAAUUUUCUUAUCCUUGGUUUAGCUGUUGCUGAUUUUAUGGUUGCUCUUUUUGUGAUGCCUUAUGCUGUUUAUGUAUAUGUCCAAGGUGGCCUUUGGAUGUUGGGUCCUCUUAUGUGCAAUAUCUACCUAAGCUCAGAUGUUGCAUGUAGCACUGCUUCAAUUAUCCUUCUAGCUUUAAUUAGUUUUGAUAGAUACAAAGCAAUAAGCAAACCAAUCCAAUAUUCGCGUCAAGCACAAAAUAUUUACAGAGUUGUUAAACUUUUUGUUUUUGUAUGGAUAUAUUCUUUUUGUGUUGCCAGCCCCAUUGUUUUGGGAAUUAAUGAUCCUCCAGAUAAUGACGGAGGAUUAUUGUUUGAAUGUCGAUUUUACAAUGCUUAUUUUUCUUUAUUAUCAUCAUUUGUUAGCUUUGUAUUUCCAUGUUGCGUGGUUAUCUUUGUUUAUGUACGUAUUAUUCGCGCGUUAAGAAGUCGAGAAAAAUCAGCAAAAUUACGAAAGGCUCAACAACAUUUAUCUUUAAAAAAGAAGCAUGAAUGUCAAGCAACAACUAAUAAUAAGCCUAAAGCUGAAUGUGAUGAUGAAGCUGGUGAAAUUGUUGCUGGGCCGGCUGUGAAUAUGAUGAUGAUUGCGUUACCUUCUUUGAACCGGCAAAUUAAACGUUAUGAAAGGCAUAAACAAGCAUUGGAAGAAGCAGAAGUUAUAUUGGAUGAUGAAGAAUUUUCUUCUAUUGAAUCUUUAAAUGAAGAUGUGCGUAUACUUACUAAUGAUUUCAUCUCUGAAGUGCCAACCUCCAAAACUUCAUCACAACAAACAACAACUUUUGAACCAACAAAACGUUCAAUCGACUCAAGUUUAAUUAAUCGUUUCCGUCUAUCAUUUUCUGGAGUUCUUGAAACUAGUAAGGGAGGGGGAUCUUCAAUUUCAGUCAAAGCGGAUGAAGUUGUUCCUUCCAUCUUUCAAGCUCGAAAACGUUCAUCCUGUGAUGUUGGAACAAUUUUUUCUGUUAAUGAAUCUGAGCGACGAAAGUCAGGAACUGCUUUAACUUCAUUGGAGAUUAGGCGUGAAGAUGAUUGCCAGCGGCGUCCUUUAUUACCUUUAAAAGAGGAGGAAAGAAUAACCAAGAACUCUUUGGAAUGUAUUCACAAAAAUAAUGCAAAGCCUACCAACUUACUACAUGCACCUUGUAGACCAACUCUUUCCUUUCCACUUGUCAGGCGUAUUACGUUGGGAAAGAAUUUUUUAGUCGAUCAUUAUUUACUUUCUGAAAACAAAGGCCUUAAUGAUGCUAACAUUUCAAUAAAUAUUAGUAGGUGUUCCACAGAAGAGCAUGUUUUAAAUGGUGGUAAUCGUGUUGUGAGAGAGAUAAGAAGUCCAUCAAUUCAAGAAACAAUUAAAAGCCGAAAGAGUUCCGCCAGGCGUAGUUCUUCAGCCGUCGAGUUGUUUACUUCUCCACAAAUAUUUACGGAAGACAGAAACUUGAAGACUUCUAACAAUUUAAUUCAAAAUAUAAAAAGCAAGGAUGUCAAACAAGAAGAAUGGAAGGUGAAUGAUGAAGAUGAUCAAACAUCACCUUUAACCAGCGGUGCCGAAAAAGAGAUGGAAAAACAAAAGUUACAGUUAGCAGGGAACACUCCAGUUACUCAAGGUUCACGGCGAGAUCGUCAUGCUAGUUUGCGACGUAAAGUUUACAAAUCUCAGAGAAAGGAGAAACGAGCAACUAAAACACUUGGAAUUGUUGUUGGCACUUUUCUUUGUUGCUGGGUGCCUUUCUUUUCGUUGAAUAUAAUUAACGCUGUUUGUUUUCAAUUAAAUCUGGGAUGGUGCCAGAUUGGUUUUGGACCUUUCUUUUACACAACUUGGAUUGGUUAUAUGAAUUCAUUUAUGAAUCCAGUAAUUUAUACAAUUUUUAAUGCAGAAUUUCGUCGUGCCUUUAAAAGCCUUCUUUUGGGUAGAAGACCAGCUAAUAUAAUGCGUCGAAUCUAA